AUUAUAACAAUGAGAGUAUUACAAGCAGAACCCUUAACCUAUGUCCUGUAUGUGCGGGACACCAGCUGAGCUCUGCAUACGGCAGGGGGCGCUGUCCUAUUGAGAUAUAUAGUAGAGCUGAACUCGCGUUUGCUAUGUUCCAGUCAGCGGUACCCGGCCUGUAAAUUUAGUUAGGCCCCUUUCACACAACAGGAUGAAGUAAUAAGGAUUAAGGUGAUCUGACAGUGUACUGUACGGCAGGGUUAAGUUAUUACAGUUGGCACACAUGAGCCUCGGAGUGAUUAUCGUGACUCUGGAACGCGUCCGUUGUGCGAGCAGUGAAUUGUUUUCAGAUAUUACAGUGAUAAAUGCAGGUUCUAAAAUAGCCUGCAGUAGGAGUGCUCUCAUAUCUGGUAUUAUUAAGAGGCCUGUCACGUGAUCCUGGGGGAUAAUAGACAGCUGCCUAGCCAGAGCUUCACUGGGAUAGCAGGCACACAAGUAUCCAGGACAGAGGCUGAGCUCAGCCUGAAGGUCAACAAAGGUCAUCAUACUAACUCAGGCAACAUCAUAGCUUCAUCUAUCACCGAAGCAGAAGAAGAUUUCCUCAGAUUCUCAUUAUCAGACUAAUUUACCGGGAGCAUGACCCAAACAAUGACCAACGACAUGUACAACUACACCUAUGAAGAGUACCAGUACAUGAACCAAGAAGAUGAAUGGGACCGAGAUAUGCUCUUAGACCCAGCAUGGGAAAAGCAGCAACGAAAGACUUUUACAGCUUGGUGUAAUUCACAUUUACGAAAAGCAGGCACAGAGAUUGAGAACAUUGAGGAGGAUUUCAGAAAUGGCCUAAAAUUAAUGCUCCUACUUGAAGUCAUCUCAGGUGAGAGACUGCCAAAACCAGACCGUGGAAAAAUGCGUUUCCAUAAGAUUGCUAAUGUCAACAAAGCUUUGGACUACAUUGCCAGUAAAGGAGUGAAGUUGGUGUCAAUUGGAGCAGAAGAAAUUGUUGAUGGAAAUGUAAAAAUGACACUUGGUAUGAUCUGGACAAUCAUCCUUCGUUUUGCUAUCCAGGAUAUAUCAGUAGAAGAAACCUCUGCAAAAGAAGGAUUACUUUUAUGGUGCCAACGGAAGACUGCCCCCUACCGCAAUGUGAACAUUCAGAAUUUUCAUACCAGCUGGAAAGAUGGCCUUGGCCUAUGUGCCCUCAUCCACAGACAUCGGCCAGAUCUCAUUGACUACUCCAAGCUAAAUAAGGAUGAUCCUGUUGGAAACAUUAACCUAGCAAUGGAGGUUGCAGAAAAAUACCUUGAUAUACCAAAGAUGUUAGAUGCUGAAGAUAUUGUAAACACACCAAAACCUGAUGAGAGAGCUCUCAUGACUUAUGUAUCAUGUUUUUACCAUGCUUUUGCUGGAGCCGAACAGGCGGAGACAGCAGCUAAUCGCAUCAGCAAAGUGCUUGCUGUGAAUCAGGAAAAUGAGAAAAUGAUGGAAGAAUAUGAGAGACUGGCAAGUGAGCUUUUGGAAUGGAUCAGACGCACAAUACCAUGGCUGGAAAACCGCACCCCUGAGAAGAGUUUGCAAGCCAUGAUGAAAAAACUGGAUGAUUUCCGAGACUACCGACGCAAGCACAAACCUCCCCGAGUGCAGGACAAAUGUCAACUGGAGAUAAACUUUAAUACUUUACAGACGAAGUUGAGAAUAAGCAAUAGACCUGCUUUCAUGCCAUCUGAAGGCAAACUGGUUUCAGAUAUCUCAAAUGCUUGGCAGAGGUUGGAGCAGGGUGAGAAGGGGUAUGAAGAAUGGCUACUGAAUGAGUUGAGGAGGCUUCAAAGACUUGACCACCUGGCUGAGAAGUUCAGGCAGAAGGCAACCAUACAUGAGACUUGGUCAUCUGGAAAGGAGCAAAUGCUAACUCAAAAAGACUAUGAGGGCUCAUCUUUGACAGAAUUGCGCGCACUACUGAGGAAACAUGAGGCCUUUGAGAGCGAACUGGCUUCCCGCCAAGACCGAGUGGAGCAGAUUGCUGCCAUCGCCCAGGAGCUGAAUGAGCUGGACUAUCAUGAUGCAGCCAGAGUUAAUGAACGAUGCCAAAAUAUUUGUGAUCAAUGGGACAAACUUGGAACAUUAACCCAGAAAAGGAGGGAAGCUCUUGAGCGAACUGAGAAGCUCUUAGAAACAGUUGAUCACCUUCACUUGGAAUUUAUCAAGAGGGCCGCACCUUUCAACAUCUGGAUGGAGGGAGCUAUGGAGGAUCUCCAGGACAUGUUUAUUGUACACAGUGUGGAGGAAAUUCAGAAAUUAAUCACAGCUCAUGAACAAUUUAAAGCCACACUGCCGGAAGCAGACAGUGAGAGACAAGCCAUUAUAGGCAUUCAGACCGAGGUGGAAAAAGUGAUUCAGAGCUAUAACAUAAGAGUAUCCUCAGUGAACCCAUAUAGCACUAUUACCCUGGAUGAACUGCGCACCAAGUGGGAGAAGGUGAAAAGGCUUGUACCUGCUAGGGACCAGUCUUUGCAAGAAGAACUUGCUCGUCAACAAGCUAAUGAACGCUUGCGCCGCCAGUUUGCUGCUCAGGCAAAUGUCAUAGGACCCUGGAUUCAGAACAAGAUGCAGGAAAUUGCUCGCAGCUCUGUUGAUCUCAGUGCAACUCUUGAAGAUCAGAUGAACAAUCUCAAGCAGCAAGAACACAACAUUAUCAAUUACAAGCAUAACAUUGACAAAUUAGAAGGCGAUCACCAGAUAAUUCAGGAGUCGCUUAUCUUUGAUAACAAACACACCAGUUACACUAUGGAGCACAUACGUGUGGGUUGGGAGCUCCUGCUAACUACAAUAGCAAGAACAAUCAAUGAAAUUGAAACCCAGAUGCUUACGCGGGAUGCAAAAGGAAUAACACAGGAGCAGAUUAAUGAAUUCCGCUCUUCAUUUAAUCAUUUUGACAAGAGGAAAAAGGGAAUGAUGGAUCAUGAAGACUUCAGAGCUUGCCUAAUUUCAAUGGGUUAUGAUCUGGGAGAAGCAGAGUUUGCUCGGAUUAUGGUUCUGGUUGAUCCCAAUAAUACAGGAUCAGUGUCGUUCCAGUCAUUUAUUGAUUUCAUGACAAGGGAGACGGCUGAAACAGACUCAGCAGAGCAAGUCAUCGCUGCCUUCAGAAUUCUAGCUGGGGAUAAGCCUUAUAUUUUAGCUGAUGAACUUCGUAGAGAGCUUCCUCCAGAUCAAGCCCAGUACUGUUUAUCCAAGAUGUCACAGUACACUGGCCGUGGUGCUGUCUCUGGUGCUCUGGAUUAUUCUUGCUUCUCAGCAGCUUUGUAUGGAGAAAGUGACCUGUAACUGAUUUCCUGUAGGAUGCUCGCCUUCAAACCUAAAACAUAGAUGGUGUGCUUGCAGACUUUCAAUGAGCUUAAAGGGAAACAUGCAUUAAAAUAUAUGUGCUUAAAGAGGACCUGUGGUCAACUCCAAAAAAUUGAGAUGUUACUGUCAUUAAAUAGCGUAUGGUGCCCCAAUCAUACAAGUUUUACAGUUUCUUUUUAUACCCUUCCCUAUCUGAGAUAUGAGGGUUUAAAGUUUGUCUGACAAUUCAGGGAAUCGAUCAGAGGGGCAUGGACUUCAUUUUAAAAAGGGCAGUGAAUGUCAGGUAAUGGGUGGGGUUGUACAGUGGGUAGGUGUGGAUGUUGUACAUUGAGAGGCAUGUAUGCCUAAUACAGUACCGCUAGGCUGUACAAUCCCACCCAUCACCGGGUGGUGGCUCCCAUUACUAAAAUACUCAGGUAUCACCCAUCUGACUGAUUCCCUGAAUUGUAGGAUAAAGUUUAAGCCCACAUAUCUUGGGAAUUGAAGGGUGUAUAAAGAAACUGUAAAAAGAUGUGUGAUCAGUGCCCCUGAGCGAUUUCAUGAUAAUACAGUCUCAUUUCUUGGGGGGUUGGUCAGAUGUCCUCUUUAGAGAGCCACAUCACAUUACACUAAGGCUGGGAAUUAAUAAUUUGUUGACUAGAGAAGUAUGAAAAUCUGUGAAUAUGUUUUUCCUUUCUGCAGGAAAGUGUUUUAGGUAUAAUCUUACAUACAGCAUUGUUUUGUCACUUGAAUUAGGCUGGUUAGACAUUUUAUAUUACCAUAAUAUGACCUGACUUAAAUAUAGCUGCAAUAUUCAGACCUUGGGUUCUUACGAUUACAGUUUAAGUUUAAUGUAAUAGAACUUCAGGGGUCCGGACAUUGCAGCUGCCACAGAUUUUAAGAUGGAGCCAUAUUACAGCUGUAUGAAUCCAGUCUAAAUGAGGUAGAACUAAAUAACAUAUUUUAACAUCAAUUUAUAAUAUACUUCUUCAUAGAGAUUCAUUUUCAUGGUGGGGGGAUUUGGUGCAGCACAUGUGAAGCCAAAAAAUACAUAGUGUCCACAGCACUAAAAAAACGGCAAUGAAGUUGGACGUGAUCUGAUUAAAAUGUUUGUGCUAAAUUCACCUAUAAUUCUCUUUUGUCAAUAUAUAGCGAGUUCUACCUUAUUAACAUAUCGGCCCAGAUUUAUCAAACUGAGAGAAAAAAAUUGAGUGAUUUUUCCCACAGCAACCAAUCACAGCUCCGGUUUCACUUUAUCAGAGCUCGUUAGCUGAGCUGUGAUUGGUUGUUGGGGGAAAUUAACUCAAUUACUUCUCUCACACAGUUUGAUAUAUCUGGGCCAUCAUCUUUACCUGAUAGAUACAUACCAAUGUUCAUCUAACAAGACUUAGGUUGUACUUACAGUCUUUGGCAAAUAAAACAUUUUAAGGAUUCAUUUUUAGACCUGCUAAUGUUUAUAUUUAAGCCUUAUCCUGCUUUCAACAUUUCACAAUUUGAAUUACUGCUUUAAUAUUUGUACCAAAUUUGAGUUACUCGGCUUCUUCUUUAGUGUGGAAACAGACUACAAUUUUUCUCCAUUUCUCUGUCAGGCAAGUGGCCUAAAAGUACAAGGCUCCAUGCACAUAGCUGCACAUAGAACAAACCAGGAGAAAUGAGAAACACAAAUCGAGAAGAAAACCUCACAUAACCUAAAGGUCGUACAUUAUAGUUAAAGCAAAGAGUUUACAAAGUUACUAACUUUUUUAUGUAGAUUUAAACUGUGAAAUGUUAAAAAUGUCAUUAAAAGAAAAGCAAUACGAGAGAAAAUAUUUACAUUUUUCUGAACCAGUUCACUGCUUUACUAUCAUAAAUAUACAUGUCAUGUAAAAACGAAUCCAGAUAGAGCUACAUAAUAAAGAC